AUGUCCGACACUGUUUACCCUGAAGUCCUCUGGGCUCAGCGAUCUUCGGUCGCCGAUGCUUCUAAGAACUUCAUCUACCUCACCAUCUCCGUCCCUGAUGUGCCCAAGGACAGCAUGACCCUCGACCUCCAGCCCACCAAGCUCAACUUCACCGGCACCUCAUCCACUCUCAAGAAGAAGUAUCAUGUCGAGCUUGAGUUCUGGGGCGAGAUCGACCCCGCAGAGAGCAAGAUCAACCACACUGCCAAGAACGUUGAGAUAAAGCUACAGAAGAAGGAGCUCAAGGAGGAGUACUGGCCCAGAUUGCUCAAGGACUCCAAGCGCGUCCACUUCCUCAAGACCGACUUCGACAAGUGGGUUGACGAGGACGAGCAGAACGAGGCUCCUGAGGACGACUUCUCUCAGUUCGGCGGCAUGGGUGGCAUGCCUGGCAUGGGCGACAUGGGAGGUAUGGGAGGCAUGGGAGGCAUGGGUGGUAUGGGCGGUGAUUUCGGCGGCAUUGAUUUCUCCAAGCUGGGAGGUGGUGCUGGCUUCCCUGGUGCCGAGGGUGCUGGUGACGAACUUGACGACGAUGAUGAUGACGACGACAUGCCCGCGCUCGAGGGCGACGACAAGAAGGACGCCGCUCCCGCUGCCGCCGCUACUGAGAAGAAGGAUUAG